AUGCAGAUAACCUCGAACUUGACUCAAAGUAAAAUGGAGCCGAUCAAUGGUAACUUGUCAGCAUCUGGUGCUACAGUCGAGCAAGCCCCUCCAGCUGCUGCAGACCUUACAGAAGUGGGAGCUGCUUUCUGCCAUCAAUUCUACACCACUGUGUCAGAAAACCGUCCUGCGCUUACUAAGUUCUUCGGACACGAAUCGAAGUUUUACUUCGACGAACAGAGCGUCACGGGUGCCCAGGAUAUUGCCAACGCUUACAAGAAGCUUCCGGAAAGCACGCACUUCAAAAUUCAUUCCAUCAAGGGGUACCCAACCCCCCACAAAGCUGGAGUGAUUAUCAAUGUCAUUGGAACCGUCAAUUUCCGCCCAUUCGUUCAAUCUUUCUUACUCGGACAGCAAGGACAGAAGAAGUACUUCGUGGAGACUGACCAUUUCCAAUAUAUCGAUAAGUAUUUCGAUUUCAAACAUGAGCAAGACAAGGCGGCCGUUUCGUCCUCUGGAUUAAAUGGGCAUUCGAACAGCUCGAACGGGAAAGUGACGAAACCAGUGCCGAAGACUCCAGAACAGCCAAAAGAACAAUCGAAACCUGCGCCACCUAAGCAACAAACACCGAAGAAGGCUGAGGAUGUUCCUCGUCAAGUGAAACAAGAUACGCCAAAAACUGCGGAGAAAGAGGUCGUCAAGACCCCACAAAAGCAGGAGAAUGUGCAACAUGCUCCAUCUCAACAACAUCCAAGAGCUCACCCGCCAGCUCAAGUCCCGGUUCCAGCUCCAGAGCCAGUUCAGGAGCAACCAAAGGUUCCUAAAACUUGGGCGAAUCUUGUUGGAGGUGGUUCAAAGCAGCAUCCGCCACAGCAGCAAACGUAUGGACAAGGACAGCAAGUUCAUCAGCAGCAGCAAAUGCAUAACAUGCAACAAGCUGCUAUGCAUCAACAACAACAACAAGCUCAAGCAGCUCAGCUUUAUCAGCAGCAAAGGCACGCUCAGCAGUCUUCACAACAUCCAGCGAAUGAUUUGCGUCAAGCUCAAGAGAACUCCGAUGCCAGUCUCAAUGAGCGCAAGAUCUACUUGGGUGGAAUCACUCGUGAGAUCGUUCCAAGUAACACGUCUCAAGCUGAAACCGAAAUUAAGCAACUGUUCUACAAGUAUGGAGAAGUUGAAGAAGUUCGCAUGCCACGCAAGGUUCUCGACAGUCCGAAUGACACAUCGAAACAUGCAUUCGCUUUCAUCACCAUGAGAACCAAAGCUGGAGUUCAAGCCAUUUUUGCUGCGUCCACACGCGAUGAGCAAGGAACAUGGAAGCUCCCACUCAAACUCGAUGCGUUCGGAUUUGAUGGACAUGCUCAGAUCAGCGAGCAGCGCGAUCAGCCACCAGGUGGAGGGUUCAGAGGAGGCCGUGGAAAUUACCAACGGGGUGGUGGUGCACCAUUCUUCCGUCGCGCAGGUCCAGGUGGAGCUCCUCGUGGAGGACUUCGCGGCGCUGGAUUCCAAAACGGAGGCCAACAUUAA